AUGGGGACGUCAAAAGCACUGGCGUCUCCAAACCCAAAGCAGAAAAAAAAGAAGUCAAAAACUUUCACUGGUUGCUUCACUUGUAGGUCCAGAAAGAUCCGUUGUGACUUGCUGAAGCCUAUAUGUAAAAACUGUGAAAAAGCAGGAGUUACAUGUAGCGGCUACGACAUCAACUUGAGAUGGCUGGCUCCAAUUCAAUUCCGCCCAAAUGGUCGCUACCCAAUACAGCAGCCAGUGGUGUUCGAGGAUGUUCGUACCGAGGAUGGAGAAUUCUUCCAAAGACGAAAUGUGGGGUUUGUUGUCUGGGAUGAGAAGACAAAUUGUCGACCAUACGAAACCUACGAGGAUAUCGACGACGAUUUGAAUGCACUCCGGGCGAGUAACUCAUCCUCAAAGACAACACUACAGGGUCCAUUCGGGGUAUUUACUAGUAAGAAGGCGGCUCAAAAGAGAAACCUCAACAGUGCAUCGGUAACUCCACAGCAGAAGCCAUCAUCAAAUGCGACUCCGCUCAUUCUGGAGCAUGAUCACUUGGCUAAUGACCAGCUCUGGUUGUCAAACGAAUUGCGUGAACAUGCUCUCUUAACCGCAGCGGCUUUAAAUGGUGAUCCUCAAUUUCUAGACUUCGACGUGCAGCUGAUUGGCUACCAAUCAGUGCCAGAAUCUCAGUCUGAUCUUUUAAACCUUGUCUUCCACAGGCACUCUCAUCCACACGUACAGCUUUCGGAUACGCCUAUUCCUAGCACCAACCCUAUGACACCAAUUCCACAAGGGAUCGCCAAUAAAGAUAUGAGUGUCAAACCUGAACAGGAUAACAUCGCUAUCAAUCCUACCAAUCAGCAUUUGUUCUAUUCAAACUAUGCAAACUUCUACUACAACAAUCCAUAUCUUCCAAACGAGACUUUAGACAUACAAUUACAUGCUAGUGCGAGCUUACCACCUGAUGCUUCGGAAUUGCAGGACAAUGAACAUUUGCUGCAAACUCAAAUGCCCGAAGCUAUCAUGUCCAUAGUGAGACAUCCAUUACAGCCCGAUUUAGGAUUCGAUGUGGCUUUGCCAAACAAUGGUGUCAUGCUACCUAUCACAGCAUUGCAGGUACAACCCCUUACAAGAUAUCUUCUUAACAAUUAUGUCACGCAGGUUGCGGAUUUGAUGACGGUAAUUCCGUUGAUGGAGAGUCCAUGGAAAACAAUUUACUUCCCAAGAGCAUUGAUGGCCAUUGGCGAGCUCUCUGCGCUCGGAAAAACCUCUGUUGCUAAAAAUGCUCUUCUCAACGCACUUUUAGCAGUAUCUGCAUUUAAUCUCCAGAGUAAGUUCCCAAGAAACUCUCCGCAAAUGAGAUUUUAUCUCAACCUUGGAAUCCGUCUCCGUAAUCAAGCCAGUAUCUUCGUCAAGUCUUUGCUAGGGGCCAAUGGAAGCAUCUCUAACAGUGUUGCAAAAUGUGUAGCUUCAGAGAAGUAUAAGGAUAUUUUAUGUGCGGUGAUGUCCAUGAUUUCGGUUGACUUGGUGUGGGGAACAAUGCAAGACACCGCUUACUACAUUCAAUGCUGUGAAAAGGUAAUUCAAACAAAAAUGCUUGCCAAGAAGAAGCUUUCAUCCAAAGCAAAAAUUUUACACCGCAUCUUCCUGAGUAUGAAAUUGAUUCAGGAUUCAACCUGCCUCAGCAUUACCAAUAUAAAAGAGGAUUUGGAGAUAAGUCAAAGGGCUCUGGAACACAAUAAUACCAAAAUCAAAAUUGAUUUUCUAGUGGACAGACAGACCGUGUCUACACCUAUGUUUGUAAACAAGAAGCUCAUCAGCACUAAUAAAAAUGACGACAGUUUCGCCACCGAUGCCUUGUACGGCGUGCCAAACUCGCUCAUUAAAUUGUUCAGUGAAACUGUUCAUAUGUUGCGGCGGAAGAUUUAUUAUCAAGAUACGCAUGGCGCUUCUCCUCCCAAUUUUCGCGAGGAAAGCGAACAGCUAAACAAGAGCAUUGAGACAUGGAAACUUGACUGGAAAUUAUUCGAUAACACCGUUCAAGACCCGCACUUUUAUUCGUCGAUGCAUGAGGUAACUUACCAUCAUAUCAUGUCUUUCUACUCUGCUUUGGUGAUCUAUUUCAACCGGUUCAUUCGCGAGACUGCACCUCAACAAUUACAAGACAAAGUAGCUACCACGCUAGAGCACUUGAAUUCCAUCCAAAAGCUUAUUGCAAAGGACGAGGCGCAUAUUAUCCCGCUAUUUUGGCAAGGUUUUAUUGCGGGAUGUGAGGCUACGUCUACAGAAUUACAAAUGGGUUUUAAGAAAUGGGGUGCAGACAUCGCUCAAUAUUUGGGAAGCUACUGGGGAGCUCGACAAAUCAUGUUGGAAGUAUGGAGGCGAAAAAAAACAAAGGACCCGAAAGAUGACUGGAUUAGUGUUAUUCACGACUGGGAAAUGAAUCUCAUGCUAAAUUAA